AUGCACGACGUCGGUGUUACCUACAAGCAGUUGCAAUUUAAUGGCUCGCUCAUGGUGUCUAAUCCAUAUCGACUAGACGCAGGUGCUGAAGUUGAUGCAGCAUGGAAGUCGUUGGGUGUGGACUACCAUGCGGUGAGAGUACCGGCAAACGAGGCACAGCAAUCUGGUCUUGCAUUGGAUCAAGUCCAGAUCAAGGAAGAAUAUGGCGGUGGAUACCCUGCACACGUAGAGGGGUUGCACCAUCUACAUUGCUUGAACUUGUUGCGCAAAUCUCUAGCCUGGAAUAUCAAUUACUAUCACAAGCAAGGCCUGGGGCCUUUCUCCAACGAUGCAAAUGUCCUAAAACACCACACCACACAUUGCCUCGAUAUCCUGCGACAGCAACUCAUGUGUGUCAUGGAUGUCGGAGUUCUUGGCCAGGUGUGGUAUCAGCCGCCUGGUAAACCGUUACAAGCGUUUGUCGAUUUCAAUACUGUCCACACGUGUCGUAACUUCGAUGCAAUCCGAGACUGGGCGGAGAAGCACCAGUUGCCAGAUGUAAAAGAUACACCCGAUGAUUUCCUCGCUUUACCGAAGGAGGGCGAUCGAAUCUAUCACGAAGUCCCCUAG